AUGGUCUUCGGGUCGCUUGUUGUCGCUUUCUGUCUGCUUGUCCUGGGGUGGACGGCAGAGAUUGUUGGUUUAUUUGUCAAAGAUCCAGAAAAGGCUAAGAACGGCACAAUUGCCCUGGCUGUGUUGAGUAUUUAUGCGGUGGAUUUCUCCAUCAACGUUGUUCAAGCGUGCUGUCGCGGUCUGAUUGUGGAUACGCUGCCGAUUCCAUCGCAACAAGCUGGAUCCGCAUGGGCCGGGAGAAUGUCUGCCAUUGGCCAGCUCUUUGCCUAUGUGGUUGGUGCCAUUGAUACUGUUAGCAUCUUUGGUACUUUUCUUGGAGAUACACAGUUCAAGCAGAUGACAGUGAUCGCUGCUUUGUCAUUGAUAGGGGCAGUGGCAGUCACGUCAUACUCGGUAAAAGAGAGAGUUCUUUUAUCGGCAAGGGAUGACGGAAGUGCUGGUGCUAUCCAGGUCCUCUCUCAAUUGUUCAAAACUACUUUCGAGCUGCCGCCUCGCAUCCAAGCAAUUUGCUGGGCCCAAUUUUGGGCUUGGAUUGGCUGGUUCCCCUUCCUCUUCUACAGCACAACCUGGGUCGGUGAAACCUACUUCCGUUACGAAGUACCAAAAGACGACAUGGCCAAAGCCACAGAUAUGCUUGGUGAAGUCGGCCGCGUGGGCAGUCUUUCGUUGACGGUCUUCUCAUCCAUCACAGUCCUCAGCUCUGUACUCCUACCCUUUUGUAUCAUGCAGCCAGAUACCAAGCGAACACGCUUCACCGCACGACCUCCACCAAAGGUAGCAGCGGUUCUCAAAGCCAUCACCGCAAUCCGACCCGACCUCCAAACCGCCUGGCUGAUCUCCCACAUCAUGUUCGCCGCCACAAUGAUCUUCGCCCCUCUAGCAAACUCCCGCGCCUUCGCAACCUUCCUAGUAGCGGUAUGCGGUAUUCCCUGGGCAAUCAGCGGCUGGGCUCCAUUCGCCUUUAUGGGCGUGGAAAUCAACAAACUAACGAUGGGCGGCUAUUCCCCGGCAAUUCCAUCCUCCAGAUCCGGCGUGACAAUGAUCACAUCAGCAAGUCUGCGCAACAACGCCGCCGACACUGAACUGGAUGUCCUCCGACUCAACCACCACGAUUCCACCGACAGCGACACCGACGAGGAGGAACAGGCAUCCAAUAUUCCGUCAACAGGCGAACUAGCCGGUAUCUACCUAGGCGUGCUGAAUGUGUACACGACCCUCCCCCAAUUUGUCGGCACCUUCAUCAGCUGGAUUGUCUUCAGCAUCCUCGAACCCGCCGCAGAGCCCAAAUCUGAUAACAAUUCAGAUUCGUGGAUGAACCUGGAUAAGGAUAGGUAUAAUGCCAUCUCUAUCUGUCUCUUCAUCGGGGCAAUAAGCGCACUCGUGGCGGCUGAGGCUACCCGUCGACUGCGGUAUAUACUAUGA